UAUCAUUAUAAAUAUUUCUCAAAUGUACUCAAUACAUUUCACAAGAAACUCUUAAUUCGUUGCAUCAAGAUGAAAACCAAAUUCUUUAUCUUCUUAUAUUUCUGUUCGUUACUUGUUUUCUUUGUUGGAGCAAUUGAACCUCCCAAACAUAGGAAACAAGUUGGUGAAACAAAAGAAACGAGAGCAGGUAUUGUGUUAGAUGGUUAUGCAAUCUAUCGCGGUGGACUAGGAGUAUGGAAUGGUGGUGUCAUAAAAUUUCCCAACAUUGAAAAAGGUGCAAACGAUAAUGGAAAUAUCAUAAGAUUUCCGGAAGGUGGAAAGAAUGGUGAUGGUAGAAAUAAACCUUUGGGAUACAAGUCUAGUGUGGGUAAAGCCUCUAUGAAAAACUAAUGCAUAUACAUGUAUAACAUAUCAUCUAUGAUGACAUAAUUUCUAAUGUUGUGUUGAUAUAAAUAAAAAAUAUAAAGCAAGGAGGCUAUAAGUUCAAAGCACUGCAAAAUUCUAUUUUAGAAUGUUUACUACAUAAUGAUGAUGAAAUUUAACAGUAAAAUCUCAUGUAUACAUAUAAGUUAUAACAUAUUUAUAAACGAAGGACUGUUGCUUAA